UGUAGUGUUGACUUGGCAAUCAAAACUCAUCUCGAGUUCUAUCACAACUGUCAGAAAAUGUAAAAUAAUUUGCACAUUCGAGAAAGAAUUUUAAUAGCUGUGGUGAAAUUCUUCUACAAUUUUUCAAUAUUUCAAUCCCGAAACAUGUUCACAAUGUGGAAAGUUCGCGAAAUAGCCGACAAAGUCACCAAUGUGGUUAUGAACUACACAGAAGUGGAGGCGAAAGUAAGGGAAGCCACAAAUGAUGAUGCUUGGGGUCCAACAGGGGCUCUAAUGCAAGAGAUUGCUCAAGCUACAUUUACCUUUGAACAUUUCCCGGAGGUUAUGACAAUGUUAUGGAAGCGCAUGUUGCAAGACAAUAAAAAGAACUGGAGGAGAACCUACAAAUCCUUACUCCUUUUAAACUAUUUGGUGCGGAAUGGCUCAGAACGUGUCGUAACUUCCUCUCGAGAACAUAUUUUCGAUCUCCGAAGUCUCGAAAAUUACACAUUUAUCGAUGAAUUUGGCAAGGAUCAAGGCGUCAAUAUUCGGCACAAAGUAAGAGAUCUAAUCGAAUUCAUCCAGGAUGAUGAAAAAUUGCGAGAAGAACGGAAAAAGGCCAAAAAGAACAAGGAUAAGUAUGUUGGCAUGUCGAGCGAUGGAAUGGGUGGAAUGCGAGGAGGAUGGGAAGAUCCAAACCAAUGGAGAGACGCAAGAGAAGACACAAAUGAAUGGAGCCAAGAUCGAGUUAGCAAUGACUCUGAAAAUGGAAGCGAUGAUAACGAGAAGUUUGACUCAGACGGAGACGUUCCAACCGUAAAAGAGGAUACAUUCAAGGUGAAGGCAGAAGCAAACGAAACGAUAAGCAAACCCUCAGCAGAGUACUCGGACAAAAAGAAACAAGGAAUAAGCAUUGGAAUCCCCUCUCCUGCCAAGUCGACGACAACACGGAAUAUUAAAAAAAUAGAUCUUGGAGCAGCUGCGAAUUAUGGAAAAACAAAUACAGUAACGUCUCCAUCAAGUACUCUUCCAGAACCAGCAUCAAGCGACCUUUUGGGUGAUUUCAGUCCGGUCAAGACAGAAACGAAAACGAGUUCUAAUGAUUUUGGCGAUUUUGCAGCCUUUAGCGACAGCUCAGCAGCGGACGCUUCUUCUCUCUUCGGUGCCGUACCAACUGCAAGCGGUGGCAACACUGGCGGUGACCUUGAUGAGUUCGCUGACUUCAACUCCGCAUUUAGCAAUAACUCCUCCGUGAUUGCUGCACCAACGCCAGCUCCUAUCCCAAGUUUCCCUGUCUCAACCAAUACAAGCACAAAUAAUCAAUCAAACGCUGAUUUAUUACUCGGUCUUAGUGUCAUGCCCAAUGUUCAGUCACAACCUUCCAAUAGUUUCACGUCUUUACCCAAUUUUGCAAAUGCAGCACCUCUGCAACCUGUAUCGUUGACAUCCAACCCUUCCAAUAAUCAGUCUUCCACUUCAACCAAUAGCUCAUUACUGGUCGGAAAAACGUGGAAAGGUUUAGGUGACCUAAACAUCGACCUGGAUAAUCUCUCUCUAAGCAAUGCAAAACAAAAUUCGAAAGCAUCAAACUCUCCUUCGAUGAAUCAAUUAGCGAAUUCCUCUCCUGUCAAAUCGCCCGUCGGUGGAAUGUCUAACUCCUCUCCAUUUCAGAACCAACAGAAUAUGUUCUUCUCACCAUUUUAAUACGAGCUACCCCCUCCAUCAGCACAAAAUAUCGGUUGGUCCGUUUUAUUUUGAAUUAUCGCCCAAAUAAUUUUUAUUUUUUCAAAAUUUGUUUCUCUAUCUUCUGUCUUUUCCUCUUGUUCAAAAGUCUCAUUUAUAAAUAUGUAAAUACGUACUAGCAAUGUUUUUAAAUUGUUUAGUUUCUAGCAUAAGAAGACAGGAGGUCUCUGUGUAACAGUUAUUUGAAUUUUGAUAAGUUUUUUACACUUUUUUUAAAACUUCCUCGUCUCAUUAUAUGUAUCAGGUUUGUUAACUCUCCAGUUGAAACCAUGUUUUUUUUUGCUCAUUAAAAUUCAAACCGAAGCAGAAGAAAAUAUUAUUCGAACAGAAUCCACCCACUGACAGGCAAAAAUUGUUUCUUCUUGAAAUCAUACUAUCUCGAGAAAAAAUUAAAUAGAAGUUUAAAUAAGGUAUGGAUCGUCCCAUGGGUGCCAGAAUCUUCUAUCGUCCAACUUGCGGAGCUAUAUUGCAAUGAAUUCGUGCCUUUUUGCUCCUACUUAUGAUAUUUUACAAUUACUCAGUGUCAUUCCAAAUAGUUUCUCUUUAAGGGAUUGACCAUCAAAUGACCUUGAUCGAUUCAAGUAAUCCUAUUCAUUACCCCAGGUUGUUCGAGAAGCUAUUGAUUGACUUUUGAUAAUUGUCUUGGAGAAGGAAGUGAAUCCAUCAAGCCCCGGGGCUUUCAACUAUUCAAAUCGUUCGCAGCGAAUACUCAUGAGCGAAACGCUUUUCAAAAACUGAACCAUAAGAGCACACAAUCUUCAUAUUUUUGGAGAAGGAAGUUUCAUUUCCGGGAGUCAACUAUCUUGAAGUGAUGAUUUUAGUCUUGAGCAAAGCGCAGAGUAUACUAAUCAAGAAUCCAGUAAGAAAUAAAAUUAUGUCUAACAUAUUAACAUUAUUUUAAGUAGGUUUUUCAAUUUCAGCUGAAUAUAAUUCAGCAGGAAAGCGUGUGUGUAGGUCUUAAUGUAACAUUAUUGGCUUCUUGAAAACUUAGCGGAAACUGCGUCCCAUUUACACAAAGCAUUUUUCUCCUACUUCCUGUUAUAUUUGUUAUGUUUUAUUCAUUUAUGUAUUUUUUUCGGCACUGAAAUUGGAAUAUUUAAACUAAAACAUUGUAUUGGAAUUAACUGUUGUUUCGGCAAAUGGCAGUCAAUGAGCUGUCAAAAAUUGCCAAUGCUCAUGUGAAUAUUUUUUAAUUUUUGGCUCAAGUUUCCGAAAAAUCUGUGUGUGAUUGUCACUGGAGACUGGAAAAGUAAAUAUAUGGCAACUUUUCCAUGGCUCUUCUUUUACCUUUAUUCAGCUUUUUUAUUUUUCAUUGUUAGCCGAUUUAAUUGCAGCUAGAAACAAACAUUAAUGGCAAAA